AAUCAAUACCUACGGAUGUUAAGUAUGAAUACAUGUUACUUUGAGUUGGAUGUAAUAAUCCAUAAGACUUAAUAACUGAAAAGUCACGAAUGAUUGACUAUAACACGCCUUUUACAUAACUAAUACCAUUUUUUAAUGUAAUUUUAUGUUUUCGUACUUCUACAUAUAAAAGUACUGCAUAUUUUAUUGCGCGGAAGCGAGGUUCGCUAGCUGUUCAAGGUCAACGUGGGCAGAGAGAACGAAGUGAAUAUGACCCAGUUUCUCCCACCCAAUUUACUAGCCCUUUUUGCUCCACGCGAUCCCGUGCCCUAUCUUCCUCCACCGGAUAAGUUACCCCAUGAAAAGAAAAAUCGUGGUUAUGUUGGAGUUGGCGGAUUUCUGCAGUAUUUUGAGGAUCCAAAGGACACCCCUCCACCUACAAGGGUGGAGACAAGAGAGGAACGUAUGGAACGAAGGAGACGAGAGAGGGCAGAACAAGUUGCAUAUAAGCUAGAACAAGAGAUUGCUGUCUGGGAUCCUCACAGUAUUCCAACUGCUACUGGUGAUCCUUUCAAAACAUUGUUCGUAGCUCGCAUUAACUAUGACUCUUCAGAGUCAAAAUUGCGAAGAGAGUUUGAAGUGUAUGGACCAAUAAAAAAGAUUGUGGUGACCCACAAUACAGUGAAUGGCAAGCCACGGGGCUAUGCAUUCAUCGAAUAUGAGCACGAGCGGGACAUGCACUCUGCCUACAAGCAUGCUGAUGGCAAGAAGAUUGAUGGCCGUCGUGUAUUGGUGGAUGUUGAGAGAGCACGCACGGUCAAGGGCUGGCUUCCGAGGAGACUUGGUGGUGGUUUAGGUGGUACUCGAAGAGGAGGUCCUGAUGUGAACAUCAAACAUUCAGGGCGUGAAGACAAUGAACGGGAAAGAGAAAGGUAUCGAUUAGAAAGAGAGCGAGAAUCUGCUCGUGGUGGCAACCCUGAUAGGGAUCGUGUAGAGAGAGAUCGGCCUGACAGAGACAGGAGACGUACUCGAAGCAGAGACAGGGAGAGGAUAGAUAGAGACAAGCGCAGGAAGUCUAGAAGUCGUUCAAGAGACAGAAAGCGUCGUCGCAGUCGUGAACGUGUGAAGGAAAAGGACCCAGAAAUUGAGGAGGUUGAACGAGAUGAUCGUGACCGAGUUCGUGACAGAGAUAGGGAUCGUGAUAGGGAAAGAGAUCGUGAUCGUAAGCGAAGACGUAGUCGUUCCAGAGAAAGAGACAGAGAACGUGAUCGUGGUGACAGAGAUCGAAAAAGGGAUAGAAGGGACAGAGAACGUGAUAGAGGAGACAGGGACACAAAGGAUCGUAGAGAUCGUGAGUUUGAGCGUUCAGAGGAGAAAGAAAUUAGAAUCAAGCAAGAACCACCANAAAAUUUUGAUUAUCCUGAUUAUGCUGCAGCAAACUAUGAGGAAGGAAACUAUGAAGAUACAGCAGUGAAGUAUGAACAAGAUGAGGACAGAUACAGGGAGGGAGAGGAGGAAAAUGAAGCCAAUGGAAGAAACUAUAAUAAUGAAUAUGAAGGAGAGGAUUACUGA